AGACUCCAACAAGAGAGCUAAGAAUGAAUUUGCUAAAACCAAAAUGUCUCGAAUCCUUACUAGAACCGAUCCGAGAGACUUUAGUUUUGUGGUGAAAGAUGGAUGCCAGUGGAGGAAAUAUGGACAGAAGGUUACUAAAGAUAACCCAUCACCCAGAGCUUAUUUCAGGUGUUCCAUGUUUCCUGCUUUCCUUGUCAAGAAAAAGGUGCAGAGAUGUGUAGAGGAAAAGUCUAUAUUGGUUGCAACAUAUGAAGGAGAGCAUAACCAUGAGGUUCAAGCACCAAGUGGUUUUACAGAUUUUCAAGAUUGCACAUUCAUGGCCUCAACUACCAAUUCCCAUAGUUUUUCCCCUAAUGAUCUUAAUCUUCCUAAACCAAAUACAACCCUUGGUUUAGCUCUUCCUCGGGUUUAUAAAGGCAGUAGUAGAAGGCCAUGCCAUGAUUCCAUGGAUACCUAUAGAAUUGAAGAACAUGUGGCUUCCUUAACCAGAGAUCCUAACUUCACUACAGCUUUAGCAUUAGCAGUAGCAGUUGCACGAUCAAUUGUGACCCUUCCUGAUCAUUCUACUAAUCAGAUGUAGAAUUUUAUGUUCUU